UACAGACAUGCGAUGACCUGGUAUGGGUUGGUGCUCCUCUGGGACAUUCCUGUCUCCAGGUUUUCUGCUUUGCCAUGGGCUGGCCCUGGGUCCCGCUGACAGCAGCUUGGGCACUGGGGUUCAUGGGGGCCACAGCGCUGCGCAUUGGAGCCUUCAAUGUUCAGAGCUUUGGAGAUAACAAAGUGUCCGAUCCAGACUGUGGCAGUGUCAUAGCACAGAUCCUGGCUGGCUAUGACAUCGCCCUGGUGCAAGAGGUGCGGGACCCAGACCUAAGUGCAGUGUCCUUGCUCAUGGAGCAAAUUAACAGAGUCUCCAAGCACGAGUACAGUUUUGUGAGCAGCAAGCCACUUGGACGUGACCAGUACAAGGAAAUGUAUCUGUUUGUCUACAGGAAAGAUGUAGUGUCAGUGGUGAGCACGUACCAGUACCCAGACCCAGAGGAUGCUUUCAGCCGGGAGCCUUUUGUGGUCAAAUUCUCAGUUCCUAGCUGUGCCGCCAGGGAGCUAGUUCUGAUCCCCCUUCAUGCAGCGCCGAAGCAGGCGGUGGCAGAAAUCGAUGCACUCUACGAUGUCUACCUUGAUGUGAUUGACAAGUGGAACACCGAUGACAUGCUGUUUCUGGGUGACUUUAAUGCUGAUUGCAAGUACGUGAAGGCGCAUGACUGGCCAUCCAUCCGCCUUCGCAGUAGUGAGGUGUUUAAGUGGCUCAUCCCAGACAGUGCAGACACCACAGUGGGCAACUCAGACUGUGCCUAUGACCGGAUUGUAGUGAGUGGCGCUCACCUGCGCAGGAGCCUGAAGCCCGAAUCGGCCACAGUUCACAACUUUCAGGAGGAAUUUGACCUAGAUCAGACCCAGGCGCUUGCCAUCAGUGACCAUUUUCCUGUGGAAGUGACUUUCAAACGUCACUGACAGCCAAGGCCUCAGGAUAUGCCACCUGCGGAAUAUUACCUCAAGGGAUGGCACCAUAGUGAAUUCAGGGUGGCAGGCCACCCACCCACUGAGGAUACAGGGUAGGACCAGAUGGUGUGGACAAUGGCUACGAACACAUUACAGGAUUCCUUAAGGCUCCCAUUUCCUCAUGUGCAAGGUGGACUAACGCCACCUACCUCAUCGGGUUGCUGUGAGAACCCAGGAAAGGCUCCGGAGCACCGCCGAGCACAGAGCUGCAUGCUUAAUAAACAAGCCACUCUUGGCCAGGACUA